CUGGGCCUUCCUGGAGGUGGCCACCAACGCCUCGUACAAUGACACCCUGCAGGCCUACGCUGCAGGGCUGGCCGAGGCUGCCGUCUCCGAGCAGCUGAUGUACAUGCACUGGAUGAACACCAUGGUGGGCUACUGCGGCCCCUUCAAGUACGAGAGCGAGUACUGCGAGAAGCUGCGGGACUACCUGGAGGCCAACCUGGGCUGGAUGGAGGAGCAGAUGGCCACGGGGGAGGACCCCGAGUACUGGCACCAGGUGCACCUGGCGCUGCUGCAGCUGAAGGGCCUGGAGGACAGCUACAAUGGACGCGUGGACUUUCCCCGGGGCAGGUUCACCCUCUCGCCCUUUGGCUUCCUGCUGCUGGGGUGCUUGCGCCUGCACCGGGGCUCCUGCUCUGCCCUCCUCAAGCUGCUGCCGGGCCAGCGGGAUCUCCUGGUGGCCCACGACACCUGGACCUCCUACCAGUCCAUGCUGCGCCUCAUCAAGAAAUACACCCUGCCCUUCCGCACCUCGGCAGGCGGCAAUUCCCAGAUCCCUGGCAACAUCCAGGUGUUUUCUUCCUACCCCGGCACCAUCUUCUCCGAGGAUGACUUCUACAUCCUCAGCAGCGGGUUGGUCGCGCUGGAAACCACCAUUGGUAACAACAACCCGGAGCGGUGGAAAUACCUGGCCCCGCGGGGCAGCGUCCUGGAGUGGCUGAGGAACAUCGUGGCCAACCGCCUGGCCCGCAGUGGCCCUGAGUGGGCCGCCGUCUUCCGACGGUUCAACAGUGGCACGUACAACAACCAGUGGAUGGUGGUGGACUACAAGGCCUUCAUGCCGGGGAGGGCGAGCCCGCCGCCCGGCCUGCUGACCGUGCUGGAGCAGAUCCCGUACUUUGAGGAGAUCUUCAACGCCAGUGGGAACCCGGAGCUGGUGAGGAAAUACGGCGACUGGUUCACCUACGACAGGAACCCCCGCGCCCAGAUCUUCCGCCGCAAUCAGACGCAGGUCCAUGACCUGGACUCCAUGGUCCGCCUGAUGAGGUUCAACAACUACCUACAGGACCCACUGUCACGGUGCCGGGGCUGUGACCCCCCCCAAAAUGCAGAGAACGCCAUCUCCGCCCGCUCCGACCUCAACCCCGCCAACGGCACUUACCCCUUCCCCGCCCUGCGCCAGCGCUGCCACGGUGGCACCGACAUGAAGGUCACCUCCUCGGGCAUGGCCCCCACUUUUGGGCUGGUGGCUGCCAGCGGCCCCCCCUGGGACAACGUCCCCCCCUUCCGCUGGAGCACGUCCCCCUGCGCCUCCCUGCUGCACAUGGGCCACCCUGACCUCUGGACCUUCCCCCCUGUCAAGGUCCACUGGGACUGA